AUGGACGUCGACCCCUCAGCCGGGCCGCCUUCCCAAGCGGUGGCUGUGCAGCCUGUACUGCAGCCGCUUUCCUUGGGCACCCCCAAGGAGUCUGACACCGCAGCGCCUUGUCCGGCGCCCACUCAGCAGCUGUCGACGCAGCGUCGGGAGACGCUGCCUCUCUUCGUGGGUCCCGACGCCCCGUCGCGUCCAGUACCAGAAGCUGCGCCCGUGGUCACAGGCGUGCACCCUGACCUCGGUUUUCAGUCGGUGUUUCCCGAGGCCCCGCGCAGCCAAUGCUGGGAUUUGGUCCGCGGCGGGUUCCAGCCGCGCCUUCCGACUUCGCUGCCGCCCCCAGGGCAGCAGCAGCAGCCGUCGCCGCUACCACGCCGACAGCCCGUCCCGUUGAUGCCUCCCGCGCAGCUUCAUACGGGAGCGCCCCGGGUGGUCGCUCCGGCGCCUGCGGUCCCUCUUCAGUCGCCACCACCUUCGGAGCUGAUGGACGUCGACCCCUCAGCCGGGCCGCCUUCCCAAGCGGUGGCUGUGCAGCCUGUACUGCAGCCGCUUUCCUUGGGCACCCCCAAGGAGUCUGACACCGCAGCGCCUUGUCCGGCGCCCACUCAGCAGCUGUCGACGCAGCGUCGGGAGACGCUGCCUCUCUUCGUGGGUCCCGACGCCCCGUCGCGUCCAGUACCAGAAGCUGCGCCCGUGGUCACAGGCGUGCACCCUGACCUCGGUUUUCAGUCGGUGUUUCCCGAGGCCCCGCGCAGCCAAUGCUGGGGUGCGGACCGGGGACUGCCACCGACAACAGUCUCCGCCCCGAAACUGAAAAGUGAGUUUUCGGGGUUGCAACAGAUGAAACUGGCUGAUCAGGUGGGGUGA